AUGCCGGUAAUCAAUACCUUCUUCGAUUGUAAAGUGGUUGAAAAUAUCCCAGACAAGAUGAGAAAUGGAAUUUGUGCUCAUAGAGUAUUGAAAGCUGUAUAUCUGAUUGUUUCCAAUCCGAGACACAUGGUCUUUGGAUCCAAGAACGAGAUUACAAAGGAAUCAAUCAAGUCGAUGUGGGAGACCCAGCGAUCUGAUGGAGCUCUUCCAUCAAGCACCGAUGAAGCCAAUUUCGAGGACAAAUUAUACUCUGUCCCCCUUCAGCAAGGAACUUUCGUCGAUGUUCGCCUUGUCAGAGAUGUUGCAGAAAGUGAUGAGAUUACCAUAUCGUACUGUGCCCUUGAUGAAUCGCUUGUUCACCCUUGUGUCUACGGCUCGCCCUUCUACCAAGCCAUUAAUAUGAGCCGACGCAUGAUCAGAGCUAUUGGAGAAGACAUCAAAUACACAGAUCGGCGCAACACCCAACACGGAGAGCAUGUUCUGAAAGGAAUGGUUGCUUUAUGGACUAGCACGGUAGAACAGGAGUGGGCUUUACCUUUUUUAUGGGAGAUUGGACCUCUACGCAAGAAAACUUUCAAGAGCGCCCGAAUGAUAACAUUUUCCAUCACACCACCAUGCCACUAUACCACCAUACCACCAAACACUGCACAUGCCAUCAUACAAACAUUGCAUCUCAACGAUGCCAAAAGAAUAACAUUUUUCCUCGUAUCAUCGGACGAUCAUGCGAAUUCUGUAUCUCUGAACGUUCUUCAGAAGGCCUAG